AAAUGUCAUCCAGGGCUGUUCCUAAGCAUGUCCCCUUGGGGAGCCCAGGCCCAGCUCUGGGAGUCCACUGCUGCCUAUUCUAGUUGCUCCUGGGCCAACUGGGGGCAUCAGAGAGACAAUCCAGGUAGGGAACAGGGAACUGAGGCUGAGGGAUCAGGGUCCUAGGGGCUGGUGUAGGAGCAGAUGCCCAGUGCCUCCAUAGAGGUUCCAGAUCCCUGAGGUGUGGAGGCCAGGAUGAUUUGGGGGCUCCCAAGGGAGAUGCCUCCUCAGAGGUAGCUGUCCAUCUUGUCCUGGCCCCCAGUGGUGUGCCUCAGGAACCCUGGCUGUGCUGGGCCUCUCUUAUAUGGUUGGCCUAGGAAAGUGGCCCCAACAGAGGGGCACCACAUUUGCGGGGGGUCAGCCCCAGCCCUGCCUAUGAAUGUCCAGGUGAAGCCACUCAGGGCAAGACCCAGACAUGUGGGUGGAUGAGGAUUUGGAAGAGGGAAGCAGGCAGGAAGCCCAGGCGGAAAUAGCUAGGGAGACCAGGCGUCUUGGGCCCUGUCCAAAAGGCCAGAUGUGUUUCAAGGAAGGCAGGCCAGAACCAGGCCUGGACCUUAGGUGCAGUGUCGGGGACUGCUGUGGGCCUGGGCUGGCGUUUCCAGCUCCCAGCUACCCCACCCCCAGGGACAAUCAGGGAUUCAGACCCUGAGGCCUGCAGGGGGAACAAUGGAGCCCUUGAAGGCCCCCCCUUCACCCCGCAUUGUGCUUGGUGGCGAGAGGUGGCCCUGGCCCAGCCACACACCCUCGGGAAGGACCAGCAUCGUCCGGCAGGUGGAAGGGCUCAGUGAGACUUGUAUUUCCCAGCCUGGAGAAGGUAGGGCUCUGCCUGGGAACCCCACCCACCUCCCCAGACUCAUCCAGAACAGGAACUCUAGCGGUGAACCCCUCAGCCAGCUGAGGUCCUGCCCGCCCGCGCCCAUGACCAACAUGAGCUGGAGCUUCCUGACGCGGCUGCUGGAGGAGAUCCACAACCACUCCACCUUCGUGGGCAAGGUGUGGCUCACCGUGCUGGUGGUCUUCCGCAUCGUGUUGACUGCUGUGGGCGGCGAGUCUAUCUAUUCCGAUGAGCAGUCUAAGUUUACUUGCAACACGCGGCAGCCGGGCUGCGACAACGUCUGCUAUGACGCCUUCGCACCCCUGUCGCAUGUGCGCUUCUGGGUCUUUCAGAUCGUGGUCAUCUCAACGCCCUCCGUCAUGUACCUGGGCUACGCCGUCCACCGCCUGGCCCGUGCCUCGGAGCAGGAGCGGAGGCGAGCGCUCCGCCGCCGCCCAGGUCCCCGACGCGCUCUCAGGGCGCACCUGCCACCGCCUGGAUGGCCAGAGCCCACUGACCUGGGCGAGGCGGAACCCAUGCUUGGGCUGGAGGAGGAAGAAGAGGAAGAGCCAGGAGUGCCCGAGGGUCCGGGAGAGGACACGGAGGAGGAGCGCGCAGAUGAGAUGGCAACCAAGGGGGCUGGGGUAGAUGGCAAGGCGGCUGGGGGCCCGGGUCCAGCCGGGCAACACGAUGGACGGCGACGCAUCCAGCGGGAGGGACUGAUGCGCGUGUACGUGGCCCAACUGGUGGUCAGGGCUGCCUUUGAGGUGGCUUUCUUGGUGGGCCAGUACCUACUCUAUGGCUUCGAGGUGCGGCCUUUCUUCGCCUGCAGCCGCCAGCCCUGCCCACACGUGGUGGAUUGCUUCGUGUCGCGGCCCACUGAGAAGACCGUCUUCCUGCUGGUCAUGUACGUGGUCAGCUGCCUGUGUUUGUUGCUCAACCUCUGCGAGAUGGCUCACCUGGGCCUGGGUAGCGCGCAGGACGCCGUACGUGGCCGCCGGGGUCCACCAGCGCAGGCGCCUGGUCCCGGGCCGCGCCCACCACCUUGUGCCUUCCCGGCCCCGGCCACCGGCCUGGCCUGCCCGCCUGACUACAGCCUGGUGGUGCGUGCUGCUGAGCGUGCACGCGCGCAUGACCAGAAUUUGGCUAAUCUGGCCUUGCAGGCGCUGCGUGAUGGGGCGGCAGCAGGCGGAGACAGGGAUAGCCCGCCCUGCCCCGGGCUCUCCGCAGCCAAUCGGGGGCCACCCAGAGCCGGCGCACCGGCUUCUGGAACCGGCAGCGCCACGUCUGGGGGCACCGCCGGGGAGCAGGGCCGGCCUGGGGCCCAUGAGCGGCCAGGCGCAAAAACCAGGGCUGGCUCUGAGAAGGGAAGUACUGGCAGCAGGGACGGAAAGGCCACUGUGUGGAUCUGAGUAUACUGGCGGGGAUUGCUGAGGGAGGGCUGAUGUGGGAGGCUCUGGAGGAAAGUUGAUCUCAAUUCUGUUCAGACAGCGGCACCCAAGGCAGCUCUGGCUGCUUCUCCUACCUGGGGAGGGAUGUUGCAGGGAGGAGAAGGGGCUGAAGGCCAACAGGAGGCAGGGUCUGGGCACCUCUGAGGCUGAAAGACGGGGAGGAGGAAGCCUAUGUGCCCCCAAGGGUGGGCUAAGCAGGGGCCCAGGAAUGACUGGCCGUGCCCCUGCUGAGCUGUUGGGCCCUCAGAGAUGACCACUGCCUGCCUCCCAUUCCUUCCCUCUGAGCUCCCUUGCAGCAACCCACUGACCACCUGAGUCCCUGGAACAGACAUUUUGGGGACUGCACAGUUUCCAUUUGCUGCCACAAUAUGUGGUUCCUUUGCCACACCUUCAGCCUGGAGCCCUGGUUCCAGCAAUCCCAGGACAGGCAGAGGGUCCUGGGCUCAGCCCCAACCUGCACCAGUUCCUGGUUCUCCUGGGGUGACACUCUGCAGAAGACCUUGGAUGGACAGGACUACCCCUUCUCUGAGCCUCUAUGGCAAAAAGUACCAGCUAAGGUUUGCUGCCUAGACUGACAAAAGCAGUGGUUGGGGACCUGUGGCUGGGUUAUGCUAGAGGAAGGGGUCUUGGGAAGCCUGCCCAUGGCCUCUCUGCCUGCCUUCCUAAUUCAGAGCCAGCUUCUGGAACUAAGGGAGCAAAAUAAAACUAACUUUUGUUUACAA